AUGUCUACGGUAUCACCUGAUAUCCGCAUCCAAAAAGACGACUCGAUCGUCCGCAACAUAGAAACGGCGAUGGAGAAAGAAGCGAGUCUGGACGAAGACGCGACGACAUCCAUUAAGAAGAAUAAAACUUCAACUUUUUCUUCUUCAGGAGGAGGAGGCGUUUUGUCCGCGAGAAGCGCUUUGACGAGACUGGAAAACCAUCUGGUGGAUGCGAACGAGAAAGAGCUCCCGCACACGAGGGCGCGUAAACCGGCGGAACGCCUCGAGCCGACGUUUACGAGGUCGGAACCGAAGAAGAAAGGACGCGCGAAGAAAGCUACCGUCGUCGUCAAGAAAGUCGAGAAGAAGAAGAAGGUGACGAAGAAGAAGCCGGCGAAGAAGAAGACGAAGGCACCGGCGAAGAAGAAGAAGACAAAGGCGCCGGCGAAGAAGAAGACAAAAGCGCCGGCGAAGAAGAAGGUCGCACCGAAGAAGAAAAAAGAUGCGAAGAAAACGCCGACGGAGAAGAAGAAACGAGCGUUGUCCAAGAACAAGUUGGUGACAGACACCGUUGCGCCGGUCGAGAACAAAGUUCAAUCGAAACUUCCAAUCGUCCAGGCCGCAUCACCUGCGGAAGAAGGCCACGAACAAGAGAAAGAAAACACUCCGGCGGUGGAAUAA